UUUAUACUCUAAAUUAAAUUACCUGAAUUAAUUAUUUAUUUAUAUAUAUACAUAUAUAUAUAUACAUAUAUAAAUAGCUAUUAAUAAAUUUUUAGAAAAUAAAACCCAAAACUGUUUUGAAUUUCUUCACAUUUUCAUCAACUUGAAAAAGGGCUCAAACAAUAACAUGCUCUGGGGGGCCUUUUGUAAAUAAUAAACUACCUCUCGACUCUACUCCCUGACGUUUGUUGAUUAGAAUCGACACUUGUGUCUUUGGAAUAAAAAGUACAAUUGUAAACAGGGCCAAAGCAGCUAAAUUGUUGACAAACGAUAGGUCGAGUCAGACCAGAAUGACCAUCUCCAAUCACUCCAUUGGACGAUUGAUUAUGCUGUUUGAUGAAAUUAAGUCAUUUUCUACUGUUGUUAAUUGAUUGACUCAAUUCACAUGCAAGUUAAUUGAAUGACUCGGUCGGAUUAUAGAGUAGUGUGAAAUGAGAUGUAAAAAUCUGACACUAAGUAGAAAAUGACUGAGAGCAAUAACUGAAUAAAAUGGAUAUAGUAUAUGAACCCUUGUUUUGCUAUGCUUCCGCAGCAGUUGUUUGUGUGUGUGAGAAUAAAUGUUAUGAUUGUGUAGAAACAGAGAUGUAUGCUGGGACAAACUACACCUACAAGCAAUGUAGGUAGGACAUAGAGGUGCAGCAGGCGGCAGAGCUUUGGCGCAUGGUUGUGGUGGUGAUGACGAUACCAGCGCCGAGUAUGGUCGAAUCGAGAAAUAAGCUCAGGGGGUUGGCCCGUGAGUGAGCUGCUGCUCAGCAGUCGCGGAAAACCAUCAUAGUUGGUCGUAUGUUUUUUUAUCCGACGCGUUUAAUCCUUUAUUGUUUCUUGUUAAUCAUCAAAUUUAUUUCAACAGUAGUAGUACCUGUACGGAGAGUGAAAAGUUUACAAUUUCAAGAUUUAAAAUUCCAGAAUCACUGAGAAUCGGUAAAGUGUCAAUUAUAUACAAAUAUACUUGGAAAAUGCAGUUUGGCUUAUUAUGCUAAAGUUGUGCACCUUUAUUUAGUUUAAGAUAAACUGUAUUUUGUGCACAUGCAAAAAUGGUUGCUACUCUAAAAUUUUCGAUCACAUCGAAUUGUCGAUAAGGUUAUUUUUUUGACCCUUAUUCAAUAGACUAUUGAAUAAAUAAUUGUACAGUUAUUUUUCAUUAGCUAUGUAGCUAAAGAUUCUUUGUUCGUGGUAGUUGCAUCCGGAGUAUCGAAUCAUUUUCCUCUCUUUUAUACAUCGUAACACAAGUUAUAUAUGCCUACAAAGCUUUUUCAAACCAAUUUCAGUUUACCGAUUAUUUAUGGCAUUAGUACUUGACACAUUCAUAUUGAAGAUCCUCUAUUUAUAAAAUGGAUGUUUUCCAACGAAACAGAUAAUUUUAUGUAGAUAUAUUUAAUUUCUAAAAAAAACUUUCAGAUCACAGAACAAAAGUAACUCUAAUUAUUUCUUCCAAUUAUAAUUAUUAUUAAAAGUUUGCUAGCAUAUCGAUAAUUAUUCAAAAAAUAUUAUAUAUAAAUAUUAUCUUUAGAUUAAAUAAUUCUCCUUUUUUAAUUUUUACACACUAAAAAAGUAAACUUUAAGAAUAGAAUUUACUCGGUAUGGUUUGUACGUUAGUGAUAGUAGAGGUUGACAGCUCUAUGAUAUAUAGAAUACCGAAACUCGAAAAUUGCUAAACACAACUUAAUUCAGCACUGUUACAAAUCAAUAAAACUCGGCAGAGUACAGUUGAGUGGGAGGUUUCGAGAAGAGGCGUUUGAAAAAUUUGUUAAUCUUGUUUAUAUAAUAUUUAUGGCUUACUUUCUUGUUAUAAUGUAUGUCAAUUUUAAUAUGAUAUAUUAUAGAAACGAAUGAAUGUUCUCCUUGGGUAUAAAAAGAUUGUACCAAAGAAAUUAUAUUUUUACGAAUAGACACUUGAUAACUUGAAAUAAGCUUCAAUAUAAACAUUAAUAUCAAGUACAUGAUCGUCACAAAUUUCAAGUUCAUUUAGACGCAUGUUCAAUUAUAUAAGAAUAUAUAAUAAAUGGGAAUUAUUAACAUCAACAUUAUUUUAAUAACAACGUUGCUCAUCUUAAAUGCACGUAUAAGGAUGUUGUUCUAAAAGCAUUCUAAAGACAAUCCAUCAUCAUUAGAAUAUUAAUAUAUUAUCGAUAAUUAUGUAUUAUUAAUAUCUUCAAGUGGUAGAGGUAUUGCAGGAAACUUUAUAUUUUUUUAAAUGAUUGCUUAUUGAAAAAACAUUAUUAAAUAAUUAUCUGGCUGUAGAUUUAUAUACAAUAGACAAGUUUCAUUUCUAAUAUAUUUUAAUAAAAUUAAAUUAAAACAUGCCUUGGCAUAAAUACUUUAUUUGAACAAGAAACUUGAUUUUGUUACAGAUCAACUGCAAUCAUCAUCAUCAUCAUCAAGCGCUCACGUCAAGUUACUUGAAAAUAAUAGAAACAUGAUUGAGGAGAAAAUUUAUUUAAGGUAACAGAAGCAUAAUGUUUGAAGCACUAGACUACCAAUCUCUUUUAAACGAGUGGUAAAUCAUUUUAUCUGAAGGAGUUUAUGAAGAAAAAUGGAAAAAGUGAAAAAUAAGUUUUCGUUGCAAAUUGGGACUUGGAUGUUUAAUGGAUUUACAAUUAAUUAUAAUGGUGCGAUUUUAAGUUAAAAUUCACCCGAGUUUGCAUCAAAAUAGUGUGUGAACAAUGUCGUGUAUGUUUAAGUGAAGGUAAACUAUCAUAUGAAAUUCAGUGCCUGGAAAAUUCGUGGUGCAAAACUUGCAAAUUCUAAAAGUGAGUCAGAUUGCAAUGUUAGUUUGUGAUAAUCACAAACUACUGCUUAAAACAGAAAAAAUGGCAAAACAUUAAUAAAGAUGUGUAUAGAGAAAAAAUUAUAUAAAUGGAGAUCUCAGUAGUUUUAUUUGAUUGGUGUAAGAAUAAAGUUGAACUUUCAAAAGUGUAUAAAUCUGGAUUUUAAGUACGAGAAUCAUUACCAGGAAUGCAGGAGAUCCGCAAAAGGUGGUUCAGCGCUGUUUGGUCGCUUCUAGCUGUCUUGUCUCAUCAUUUAGAAUGUUCAGCGAAAGGAGGAGGUGGCUCAAUAGUUGAACAUCAUCCAUCUUCAUAUUGGGAACAACCAUUUAGUCAACCCUAUUUUGAUAAUACAACAAAACGAGAGACAAUCACAACUGUUGGUCAAACAGCGUAUCUACACUGUAGAGUUCGUAAUCUUGGCGAUCGUGCUGUGUCAUGGAUUAGAAAAAGAGAUCUGCACAUUCUCACUGUAGGAAUCUUAACAUACACAAAUGAUCAACGCUUUCAAUCGUUGCACAGUGAUGGAAGCGACGAGUGGACAUUAAAAAUUAGUUCAUCUCAAGUUCGUGAUAGUGGCAUAUACGAAUGCCAAGUCUCGACAGAACCAAAAAUCAGUUUGGCCUAUAAACUCAGUGUAGUAGUUUCAAAAGCAAAGAUUCUUGCCAAUGCAGAACUCUACAUUAAGAGUGGAAGCGACAUUAACCUAACCUGUGUCGUCGAACAGACACCUGAGCCACCGUCCUUCAUUUACUGGUAUAGAGGCGAAAAUGUAAUAAAUUACAGUCAGCGUGGUGGUAUCAGUGUAGUUACAGAGAAGCAAACGCGAACGUCGCGCUUGUUAAUUUCAAGAGCACUUCCAGCCGAUUCAGGCAAUUACACGUGUGCUCCUUCGACAGCUGAAUCAGCCAGUGUCCUAGUCCACGUACUUAAUGGAGAACAUCCUGCCGCAAUGCAGCACGGAAAUUCCAGCAACAGUGGAGCGACAACUCGCACCCUAGCACUUCUCCUUCUACUGAUACACGCUGGAGUGACGAGGUGACUAUUCGAUCGCGACACGCAUUAAACUUGGGCCAAUAUCCACCACGUCUUUCCACUGUCAUGUGCGUCCGUCAUUUAUAUUAGUGACUGUGGAUCAACGCGAAAGGUAUAAAAACAAAGUAGCUCAGCUGCUGAUCUACUUUCAAGAAUAGCGUGUGUCGCGAAACUACAUCUCGAAAAAUAAAUGCCAAAUAUCGUUGCGAUUCGCACAUUUAAAAAAAAAAUUUCGUGAAAAAUAUCUUUUUUGUAAAACAUUUAAAAAUUAUACAAAACAAUGGAAAAAAAAUUACACUUUUGUUGUUACCACCUAGUCUAAAAUACCAUGUCUAGUAAUAAUAAAUUACACCAACAUCAAUUUAUAAUUGGCAAAACUCUAUAAAUUUAAACUCUUAAUGUUUAUUCAUUUUAAGCUCAAGAUAUUCUUGGGAUCUUUUAUUUUUGGCACAUAAUUCACAUGGUCAUGAUUUGGAGGAGAAGAAGAAAUUUUUGUUUAUACUUGUUAAAUAAUUGAAUUAUUGACCUUUUACGCACUAUUCGAUCCUCCUUCAAAUGUAGUAUUGAAUUAUUAUUUCAAUUAAUUACUAUUGAUGUAUUGUAAAGUAUGUAUAAAAAUAAACGUGAUUAAGAUCCCAAAUCGAAAUAAUCUCACACAUUACUAAUUUUUUCAUCAUUAGCAAUGCUUGAAUAUAUAUAUGUAUAUGUACCUCAAGCAAGCUAAUCUUAUACCGACUGGCAAUACUUUAAAAAAAAAAAGUUGUGCUGUGUGAUAUUAUUAAGCAAGCAUAGCAUAUUUGAUGAAUAACAAAUUUGUUGGAAAACAAUUCAAAGAAAUUUUGUAUUACAUUAGUAUUUAUUUUUUAUGAAUUAUAAUAAAAUCCAACAACAUUGAAAUGUGUAACAUGAUAAUUUAAUGAUGCAUACUUUUUCUUUGAACCGCAUCAUUCUUGAAAAUUGUAUUACUACAAUGUAUCCUAAAUUUCAAAGGCUUUAUAAUUUAUUUCACUUUAAUGACACGAGCUCUAUACAUUAACAGAGAAUUGUUUAAUUAAUAGUGAUUAACAACUUUUAAGACCAGAGUUAUCAAAUAAAUUAUUGAUACAAUAAUACUUGAGCAUUAAAAUUAAUUUGAAAUCAUUUCUAAUUUCUCAAUACCACUACCAUCAAGUUUGUUAAAAAAAUAAUAUUCAUCAUUUUAUUUGGAAUUGGAAAUUGUCAAUUUACUGCAAUAUUUUUUCUUUAUUGAACGCGCAGACAACUUGAUGCGAUACUACAACAAAGACCUGAAUACUGAAAAAAAAUGCUAUUGAAUCUAUAGCAGACACAUUCACAUAUGUUAAUAAGGAGCUGUAAUUAAUUUAAUGUAAUGUGUAGUUCAUUUUUUGAUUUUGCUAUUAAGUGAACAAAUAUCACAUCAAGUUUUACAUAUUAUUUGUUUUUGAACAUUUGCAAAUAUGCGUGCUAUAGUUUUAGUAGCGUUUUCCCCUCAGUCAAUUGUUUGCUAAAUAAAUUUGUUAUUAUUAUAUACCAACAACAACACUAUAUAUAUAUAUAUAU